AUGCCUGACAGAAUUCAUACCGUACCAUUAGUCGACUUGAGCCGAGCCAGUAUCGAACAAAAAGUCUUGACUGGAGAAAGAGGGAGCCCUGAUGUUCUCGAAUGGCUCUGGGAUACUAUCGUCUGCCCUGUAUUGGAUAGGAUUGGAUUUUCAGAGACUCCGACAGGUGAUAACUGGCCGCAGGUAUGGUGGAUUCCUACUGGUAUUCUAAAACAGUUCCCAUUACAUGCGGCUGGAUGUCAUCGAAAGAAGACAAACGAAUCAACGCUUGAUAGGGUUGUUUCAUCGUAUGCUUCUUCUGUAAAGGCUAUGAUCCAAGCUCGAAAACGACGAAUGUCGACGAGAGAAACAAACAAGGCGGUGCUUGUGGCUAUGGAGACUACACCAACACUUUCCCGUUUGGCAUUUGCGAACCAGGAACUAGAAGUAGUCAAAGAUGUUUGCUCAUCGAUUGGGCUGGAGGGUGUUGAGCCUGAGCGACGAAAGGCGGCGCUCAUCGACCAACUUCGCCAGUGCAAGUUCUUUCAUUUCGCAGGCCAUGGAUGCACUGACCCCCAAGACCCUCUGAGGAGCUACUUGUGUCUUGAAGAUGUGGUGACGAAUCCGUUGAGGGUCGGAGGUCUACUGGACUUGAAUCUGAAAGAUCAACCACCUUUCCUAGCUUACUUGUCAGCAUGUGGGACGGGUCGUAUUCAACAGGAGCAAUUUAUGGAUGAGAGUGUUCAUCUCAUCAGCGCAUUCCAGCUUGCAGGCUUCCAGCACGUUAUUGGAACUUUGUGGGAAGUCAAUGACAAGGUUUGCGUUGAUAUAGCCAAGGUAGCGUAUGAGGGCAUUAGGGAUGGACAGAUGACAGAUCUAUCAGUGGCCUGGGGGUUGCAUGAAGCUAGUCGCCAGUUGAGGGACAAGUGGCUGGAGAAGAUGGACCAAGAAGGGCACAGAAGAGGGGACAGUGAUAAUAUUCUCAACAGCUUGAUCAUUAGAGAGCCUGCGGUCCAUGGAAUUAGGUGGGAGACAAGACGAAUUCGGAGGAGGGUACAGAGCAAAGGCAUGUCGAUCUCUUUGGGGACAAGGUGGAGGAGAGUUGCCACCAAGGCUUCUAGAAGUAUACGGGUAAGUUCGGGCCUCAUGUCCGGGAUUACGACAAGAGGUCAGAGAUGGUCUAGGGAGGCUUCUUUAGCUAUCCUUCUCAGACAUAAGAUCGAACCUUCACCGGCCUGGGUCCCGUUUAUUCACUAUGGUAUCUAG